AAUCCGGAAUGGAAUUCCAGAUGUGACUAUUGAAUCAAAACUAUUAAGGGAUGAAGAAUUUUAGGGUCUUACCCUUUUUGAGGGGACCCUUCCAGAAAUUCUCAGAGGCCAGGGGCAGGCCCAGGCCCAAGAGGGGGUUUGGAAAUAGUUUUCAACCAGCAAUUGACGCGUCUCGGUUAAUACCUCACUGACUGAGUCAUUGCCCCAAGCGCAAAGAUGUAUUGUCGUACGGCCGACGUAACAUUUUAUAGAAGAACUAUCUUUUCUUUCUUUUCUCUUUCAGCCGAUGUGGGACUACGGAACUAUAAUUUCAUGGCAGAACGGAAAGCAUUGUACAGAACAGAACUAGUAGAUUAGUAGUACGAUACUAUCCCUCGCUGAUUUUUUUUUUUUACUUCAUGGUCCCCUUUCCCUUAAUCCCCCAACCCCUCGUGGCAGCGGGAUUUGAUCGCAGGUCUCUACUCCGACGAGUCAGAGAACCUACCAACUGAGCCACCAUCAGUAUUAGUCCACAUUUUUUUUGAGAUCUACCAGAGUAGCACCGGCCAUUUUGCUAUUUCGAUCUCGUUCAGGAGAUCAUAUGCACUACAGUCGGAUCCUGAGUCUCCCUCAUGAAUGGCGUUCUCAUUACUAUCAAGUUCUUCGAGCGGAUUCUCCCCAGAAGUCUCCCAAGUUACCUUCAAAUCGACUUCUACACCACCCAACUCGCAGGAAAAGAUCUUAGACCUCCACUUAGUUCUCUACAAUGUGGGGCUCUCUUGCAGUCAUUUACCAACACCAAAUCCUAUACAGAAGGCAAGCGACUCCAUGCCUACAUGAUCACUUCUAAUAUUCUCUUUAAUAACACCUAUCUGAACACCAAGCUUUCUGCCUUUUACGCAAUCUGUGGUUCCAUGACUGAAGCUCGUGCUGUUUUCGAUGGAAUCAUAUUGAAGAACUCAUUCUUAUGGAAUUGCAUGAUUCGGGGAUAUGCAUGCAAUGGUUUCUCUUUGAAUUCUAUUGUUCUGUACCGCGAGAUGAUGAGUUUUGGCCAAAAGGCGGACAAUUUUACGUACCCUUUUGUUCUCAAAGCCUGUGGUGAUCUGUUACUUGUGGAAGUUGGUAGGAAAAUUCAUUCUGAGCUAGUCAUUCGUGGGUUGGAAUCAGAUGUCUAUGUGGGCAAUUCUCUUCUGGCAAUGUACUUGAAAUUUGGUGACAUGGAAACUGCUCGGAGACUGUUUGAUGGAAUGUCCCUACGAGAUUUAACUUCUUGGAACACCAUGAUUUCUGGUUACAUAAAGAAUCAUGAAUCAGGAGAAGCUUUGUCAGUUUUUUACUUAAUGAGUAGAGUUGGGCAAAGAGCAGAUUGUACGACUUUGCUCGGUGUCCUCUCUGCAUGUGCAGAUUUAGGAGCAUUGAAACAGGGGAAGGAAAUACAUGGUUUUGUUAUCCGCAAUGAUAUUGGGUUUUCUAAUAUUUUUGUGAUAAACUCUCUCAUUAGUAUGUACAGUCACUGCAAUUCUAUAGUUUGUGGAAGGCGGUUGUUUGACAAGAUGAUUGAUAGAGAUACCGUAUCAUGGAAUUCUAUGAUUUUGGGUUACGCCCAAGCUGGAGAUGCUUUUGAAAGUUUACGACUUUUCUGUCAAAUGGUUUCAGAAGGUAGAAUGCUCGAUGAAGUUACUUUUAUUGGUGUCCUUGGUGCUUCUGACCAGAUCAUGGCCUUGCAGUUUGGCAUGUCUGUUCAUGCUUAUCUUGCUCAAAAAGGGUACGCUAUGGACACAGUUGUGGGGACUGCCCUUAUAGACAUGUAUGCAAAAUGUGGGAGCUUAGAUUGUUCAUAUAGGAUAUUUGAAGGGAUGGCUGAAAGGAAUUUGAUCUCUUGGAGUGCUAUGAUUACAGGAUUUGGGCUUCAUGGGAGGGGAAGGGAGGCUAUAGCCACCUUCAAUGAAAUGAAGGUGAAUGGAAUUAUGCCAGAUAAGGUCACUUUCACUUCAGUUUUGUCAGCAUGUAGUCAUGCAGGAUUGGUUGAUGAGGGGUUUGACGUUUUUUACCAAAUGAUAAAGAAGUACAAGAUGAAGCCUGGGGUUGAACAUUAUUCUUGCAUGGUGGACCUUCUUGGCCGUGCUGGGCGUUUAGAUGAUGCUUAUGAGUUCAUCAAAUCUAUGGAAGUGAAACCUACUGUUGAUAUUUGGGCUUCAUUUCUUUCCGCUUGUCAUAUCCACCGUAAUGUCAAGCUAGCUGAGAUUGCUGCACAAAACACUUUUGAUUUGAACCCAAAUGGCAUUGGCCCCUACAUCUCCCUUUCUAACAUUUAUGCAGCAGAGAAAAGAUGGGACAAUGUGGAAAGAGUGAGAGCCUUAAUGAGAUCAAAAGGAUUGAAGAAACCACCAGGCUACAGCUUUCUUGAAUUGGAUAAAGUGGUUCACCGUUUCCUAGUUGGAGAUAAAUCGCACCCACAAUACAAGGCUAUCUAUGCCAUGUUGGAAGAAUUAAAUUGGCAACUAAAGGUGGCCGGAUACAAACCAGAAACAAGUUCUGUGUUCUAUGUGAUGAUGAUGUGAAGGAGAAGAUGCUCUGGGAUCAUAGUGAGAGGCUGGCUAUUGCUUUUGCUCUUAUCAACAGUACCCCUGGAACAGUUAUCAGAAUCACCAAAAACCUCCGUACCUGCAGAGAUUGCCACACAGUGACCAAACUUAUCUCCAAAUUCAUGGGUCGAGAGAUUAUUAUGAGGGAUGCACAUCGGUUCCACCACAUUAAGAAUGGAUUAUGUUCUUGUGGUGAUUACUGGUGAUUAAUGGUAUAUGCUAUAUGCCGUGGUAAAUUGGUAACUGUACAUUCUAGAAAUGCGAGUUAAGGGAAGAUCUUUUAUUCAAAGUAGGGAUAGGUGAAACAGUUGAUACAGAUCAAUGAAACUAAAUUUCAUUGACAUUAUUUGCAUCUGCUUCUUCUUUAUUUAGUUCCUUAGCAAUAGAGUACAUAACUUGAACAUUGAAAGGGAUCUUCCCAAUGUGUUGUCUGACUAAUUGAUGGAGUCAUCAUCAACACUCAUAUCAAUUCCCGCAUCAAAUGGGAAUGGCUCCUGAUGGAUCGAUUUUUGGUGAAGUGUGAAUUUUUUGUGUGAAGUACCUUGUCAUUUGGUCUGCUUCCAAGUGGCCGAUGACUCAGGUCGAAGUGGAGAACUUUAGCUGCCGAGCUGAGUCAAGCUGGGCAGGCUAGGUGGCGAGCU